AUGACUCCUCCCCCUCCUGACAAAGGGAAGAGGCUUGAUGUAACUCCUGAGGCACCUGCAGCGUUGGAACAUGCUGGAACAACACGGCAGCUCCCGGCUCGACUUCACAGUCAGGAGCAACAGUGGAAACUCUGGAUGAAAUACCCACCCGUGUGUCGGGUUUUGUCUGCUCUGUUUGGAGAACGUUCGUCUGGACAUCGAGUGUCUGAAUCUGAAGCUGCUGGAUUCAAGAAACACCAGACCUGCACUGGAGGAAGAAAGAACCAGCAGCCCGAACAGGAACAACUCAGCCAGGACGAAACGAGUUUUAGAGGCAGACGGGCUGGUCUGGGUGUGUUUACCAGGACACGUGUAACUAAAGCUACAGUCAAGGAGAUGUGGGAUGGAGAGGAAGGUCUGAAGGAGGAGGUUGAGAGUUCGGCCUCAGAAACCUCACAAGAACUCCAAAAAAGCCAUCCCAAGGGAAACGGUGAGCGCCAAGAUGUGUCGGCACAACUGAUGGACACAGAAAAUGGGGAGGAGGAGGAAGAGGGGGAGGAGGAUGAAGAAGAUGAGGAGGAAGAGGAAGAUGCUGCUCCCGAUAAUUUGAUUGGUCCGACUGGCCCUCAACAUUCAGUUGCUGCAGAUUCCAUUCAUGUUAAAUCACUGACCUCUAGAGAAAUAAGCCAUAAAAAUUCAGAGCAAAACUUAAAGGUGUCCCAGUUCAAAGGACAGGAGCCAGAGGUUGAUCCUGACCUGGACAUCGACCCUGAACCCGACGGUGACCUUGAAAGCGACCCUCACGGAGAGUCCUAUCCCUGUAAACAUUGUGAGCGUCAUUUCUCCACUAAGCAGGGUUUAGAACGGCACAUCCACAUUCAUGGUAUCUCCAAUCGGCAGACGCAGCUGUUCAAGUGCCGAUACUGCAGUAAAUCAUUUGGCUCACAGGUCGGGAGGCGUCGGCAUGAGAGGAGACAUGAGAGUGGACAUAAGAAAAGGCCUGGCUCUCUUGCCGGAACCGCUGGCCUUCUGAGUCCUGUGACGCAGACCGAUGGCUCCAGUCCAGACUGCACCAGCCCCACGGGGCAGUAUGUCGCCGUGGGCUCCCAGUUCAGUGUAGGACCGCUGCACAACACUGAGCUGCAGAGGAAGGAGUUAGGUCUCCACGCUGACCCUCACUUCACAUUGGAUGAUAACGGUGAGUCCAAGGAACUCCACCCGUGCAAGUAUUGCAGUAAAGCCUUUGGCACACACACCAACAUGAGGCGACACCAGCGGAGAAUACACGAGCGCCACCUGUUACCAAAAGGAGUUCGCAGGAAAGGGAUGUUGCUGCAGGAGGCCGCAGCGCAGCAACAGCAGCUGCCCGGGGAGUCUUCCAGCACCAGCCCUCCACCCGUUUACAUGCCCAGUGCAGACACGGAGGACGAGGUGGACAGGGACGAUUACGCAGUGGACAUAUCCAAAAACAUCUCAGAGAACUUGAGCUUCUACAUCGACGGAAAGAUCGUCUCCACCAAUGCGGAGAGCAGCUGUGAGGUGAUAGAGGUGGACUCCAGGUCGGCAACGUUGUUCGGCCUUGACACCGUCAUCAUCAGUCCAAAUCAGUUUGGUCAGACACUGAAGGUGGAGGGGAGACAGAGUGGAGCAAAGCAGGUCUCCAACACCACUCAGGCAGCGUCCAAGAGGAGAACAUCGACUCCGCCAUCCUUUGUUCCCAGCCUUAAAGUAGAAACUGAAUCGUCUCAUUUCACGGCUUCGUCCUCGUCUUCAUCUUCUACAUCUUCCUCAUCCAACCUAAUAGUAGGAGGACUGUUCCAACCAGCCUCAGACACAUCUCCAUUCCUUAGAGAGAAGACGGUUUAUCUGUCACCGAAACUAAAACAGCUGCUUCAGACGCAGGAUAUUCAGAAGUCGACCAUCACCCUGAUAACAGAGAGCCAUAGAUUAGUGUCACCGCUGUCCGUCACGCAGGUGUCAGGUUCUUCAGCGAGGUUCAAAAGAAGAACAUCGUCCCCCCCGUCCUCUCCGCAGCUCAGUCCUGCCUCUAAAACUGAUUCUUGUAAAGCUGAGGUGACCAGUCCAUACACACUCAAGGUGCCAAAGCUCGAGAACCUCAGUCUGUCGCCUUCAGGGAGUGUGGUGGACAAAGAUGACGGGGACACCCAAAGUCCUUCAGGAAAACACCAGCACAGCCCCGCGGCGAGCAGUGGAGGUCAUUCCUGUAAUCAACAGCCGUUAGAUCUGUCCAACUCCAUCAUUCGUAAAAAUGAAAUCCUGAACAAGGUUCCUGGAGAUUCAGCUCUGGAUUUAAGCCUCACUCGUAAGCUGACUGUUGAGCCUGAAGUCAAAGGAAAUCCAGGGCCGCAGCCGUUAAUCAAAAAGCGGAAGCCCAACACCAGCAUGCUGGAGAAAGUGCUCAUGAAUGAAUAUGUAGGUUUGACUGUGCCAGGAGAGGAGAGCUCCUCGGUGCUGGCCAACAUGAGUUCUUUUCACUCUCUGUCUCCGUCUGCCACCUCAGAGUCUGCCCACCCGUCUCCACCCUCUUUGACCCCCGUCACUAUGAACCCUUCUUCACCUGGCACCUCCAGCGUAACCUCCCCUACUCCACCUCCCCCUGUGCUCCCCACAGUGCCGUCGCCCCUGGCCGUGCCCGGCUCCCCGACCUCUCAGCCUUCACCACUUCCUGUUUUAUUCCCCAAAAUGUCUCCACGAUCGCCGGAACACCAGUCUGAUUCAGAGGACGACGUGGGAGCAGAGGAAGAGGAGCGUGUGGCCCAGUCGUCUGACUCUCCAGUUACUGAUAACAUUAACUGCCCCUCACCCAGCCCCCCUCAGUCUCCAUCACAGGACGUGUCCGUUCACGACAGGCAGCAGAACGGCAGUUUAAACCAGGACUCUACUGAUGAAACCUCUUUGAAACCUGACUCUGCUGCUCUGCUGCCUCAGACAGAACCCUCAUCUUCAUCACACUCUCCAUCGCAGGAUCCAGCUCCGACACCGUCUCUCCACAAGAUUAACAUUAAAGAAGAGCCUCAACAAUGGAAUGGUGAGGUCGCUGUUGUGAAUAAUGCACUCGGGGAUGACGUUGACGCUUCACCUCAGCCUGCUGCUCCUCGUGGUGCCUCUGAAAAAGCCCCUCAGAUGCAGGAGGUUGACGGAGCGUACGGCAAGACGUUUGUGUGUAACGUGUGCGAGGAGCCGUUCAGCUCCAUCAAAGAACUGAGUGGACACAUCAUAGAGCAUGCUGCUGAUUGGCCCUUCAAGUGUGAAUUCUGUGUGCAGCUCUUCAGCGACGCCCCCUCCCUGCUGGCUCAUCGGACAACACUACACGGAGUGGGCAACAUCUUUGUUUGUUCUGUCUGUUCCAAAGAAUUUGCCUUUCUCUGUAACCUCCAGCAGCACCAAAAGGAUCUGCAUCCAGAUGAGACGUGUUCCAAUACCACGGUGGAGAGCGGCAAGCUCAGACCGCAGAACUACACCGAUCCGUCCAGAGCCAAAGAGGAAAGCAGUCCAUCGACUCCAGCACCAGAAGUGACCGGUGAGUCUGUGGCACUCGUUGAACCUGAUGUCAAUGGUAAUCUUCCAGAAGAAGAAGAAGAAGAAGAAGCAGAAGAAGCAGAGGACCCCAACGAGGAGCUCUACACUACAAUAAAGAUCAUGGCCUCAGGAGGAGGAAAGCCUAAAGGACCAGACGUACGCCUGGGCAUUAAUCAACACUACCCCAGUUAUAAACCCCCUCCGUUCCCCUAUCACAGCCGUUCUCAUGCUAGUUCCGUAGCUUCAGCCACUAACUUCACCACCCACAACAUACCACAGACGUUCAGCACCGCCAUUCGCUGCACCAAGUGUGGCAACAGCUUUGACAACAUGCCCGAGCUGCACCAGCACAUAUUAGCCUGCGCUAACGCUAGUGAUAAGAAGCGAUACACGCCCAAGAAAAACCCCAUCCCCCUGAAACAAAUAGUAAACAGCCCCAACGGAGCGGUUUCACCGACAGCCGCCGCCGCCACCGCCGCCGGCCAGAGUCCUUUCCGUAGAAUGGGUCAGCCGAAGAGACUCAAUUUCAACCAGGACGCCAUGAAAACAAAGAUGAGUGCGCUCAGUAAAAAGAAGAACCAGCUGGUCCAAAAAGCCAUAUCACAGAAGAAUAAAGCCUCCACGACCGCAAAGAAAGUCACGGUUAAAAAAGAAGAAGAGCCAGUUUCUAACGUCUGCCCCCACUGCAGCCGCGAGUUUACUUACCCCGCGAGUCUCAGUAAACAUAUGGCCGUCAGCUGUCCAAAGAAGCCUGCUGUGACAAAGGGGAAAAAAGGUCCAGCCACGGUGAAGAGAGAGGCAGAGAGGGCCGUGAGUCUCAGAAAGAAAUCCUCAGAGCCUGAAAUACAGCAAAUAAAAACCGAGCCUAAAACUCUGGGAAAGACGAGAACUCGGAGCUCCAGCGCAGCAAACCCAGAACCCGUCAAGGCCGGCAAAGGAAGAACCGCUGCCCCUCUGGGUCAACUUAAGAGACCUGCGCCGUCUCCAGCCACCGCUUCUGCUAGCAAGAAAACCAAGAAGGGCCAGCUUCAGUCGCUACCUCCCCCCCUGCCAGCCCCGGACACAUCUGUGGACGCUGCUCCACAGCAGACCCCCGUGAGGACACGAGUGGACAAGGACGCAGCCCCCAAGAAAUCAGCAGAGACCAAACCUGCACCACUGAAGCCACAGCAGCUGAAGAAAGAGGAGCGCUUUGCCCUGAGAACAAGAGAGAGAGUCGGAGGUCCAGUGACCAGGAGAUCACAGAUGUCCAGCACAGCGCCCCCUGCUGAGGGGAAAAGUGAGGAGCCACCAGUUCAAGACUCUAAAGAGACCCAGGAGACGCUGACAAAGUGAGUCAGACCAACACUGAUAACUGUGGUUCUGGGAGGACGCUCGCUGAGCUCUCAGGCAGCAGGUCGGAAUCACAGACACUGACAGAACUGACGCUGACGUUUGUGUUGGAAAUGUUUCGCUCCAGACAAAGUGAAGUUGGUUAAAGUCAACUGCCGUUUGCUGGACUUGAGGAGAGACUUUUUUAUCCUUUGUCUCCUCAUGUCUAAAAACCUGAGCCUCCACUUCUGCCAGCAUUGCAAAAAAAGAAGACAACAAAAAAGAGGACGUUUAAAUGACAACGAGUUAAUAUAUAUAUAUAUACGUUAAUGUGUCAUAACUUGACCCAAAACCGUAAAACUAGGGCUCCAUUUGUACUGGGAAGCUGAGCUAUUGCAAACGUCAAUCACCCAUCACUUAGCCUAAAGGAUUCUAGUUUGUGCUUUUGUUUCUUUUACCGCCCCCCUCUGUUGAGAUUAGAGAUGGACGUGGACUCUCUUACUGCAUGUGCUAAAUAGUAGAUUAAGCGAAUUCUUCCAUGUCUUUCACAGCGGGUGUCGACUUGGGUUCAAACCUCAUUUGCAUCUUUUGAUUUAAAUUUCUGUAGUCUUUAUAUUGUAGGAUAUAUCUGGUUGUUAUUUGUUAUUUUUGUUUGGGAAACAAAAAUGAACAUGGCAGUAGUGAACUGCAGCAGUUGGUCCUCAGGAACACUGUACAUGUGAGUAGUAAGUAUACGAAUGCUAUUGCUUGUCAUCUUUUGGUCUGAUUCUCUAAAAGUGUGUUUGUUUUAAGUCCGUUUCCUCCUCACUGUCUCUGUUUAUCUGCCAGCAGCAGGUAAUUCCACUUGUAAAAUAUUAGGGAUUUAUAUGUAAACAUCUUUUUAAAUAAUAUCCAUCUUUAAGAGAUUUUCAUUUUAUUAUUAUUUUUUGUUGAAAAUUCGCCCACUCGUCCCAGUGUUUUUACAGCACUUUAAAAACAAGAUGCCAAAUGUCCCGUCAGGAUAAGAAACAUUGGCUUUAAUCAUCACUGACAAAUACUUUGUAUGGAGGUUCACGGCACCACGAGCCCAGAUGGUGCUCUGUGCUAUUUUUACAGUUUUACAAAUCCAACAGGAACAUCGGUCGUUUCCCUUAAAGAAAUUGAACAAAGUGAAAGUGAAGCUGACAUUUAUAGUAGUUUUUUAAAGCCAGGAUGCACGAUGAUGCUGAACCCUGAACGGACGUGGAUGAAUGAAAAGAAGCUUUGUGUCAAUU